AUGUCCUACGACCCAAGGGAGCAUUUCCAGCAGAUCCAGCGGACACUGCAGCAGCGUCGAGGCCAAGGCUUCGGAGGGCUGCCCGGCGGAGGCGGCGCUGCAGGGCGAGGAAUCGUCGCUUUGGUUGGUCUAGGUAUUGCUGGCGUCGUUAUCUCAAAUUCCCUCUUCAACGUGGAUGGUGGCCACCGUGCGAUCAAGUACAAGAGAAUAUCAGGUGUAGGGAAUGAGAUCUACAACGAAGGCACACAUAUCCGCCUACCCUGGUUCGAGACACCCAUCGACUACGAUGUCCGAGCAAAGCCACGGAAUGUCGCAUCUCUGACGGGCACGAAGGACUUGCAGAUGGUCAACAUCACAUGCCGUGUUCUUUCAAGACCUCGAGUCGAGGCACUACCACAAAUCUACCGCACAUUGGGCACCGACUACGACGAACGCGUGCUUCCCUCUAUUGUCAACGAGGUGCUCAAGUCCGUGGUGGCCCAGUUCAACGCCAGUCAGCUCAUCACACAGCGAGAGAAUGUUGCCCGACUGGUCAGAGACAACCUUACAAGAAGAGCCGCCCGGUUUAAUAUCAUGCUUGACGAUGUUUCGUUGACACAUCUCUCAUUUUCACCCGAGUUCACGGCUGCUGUCGAAGCUAAGCAGGUUGCCCAGCAGGAGGCCCAGAGGGCGGCCUUCUUGGUCGACCGAGCCAGACAAGAGAAGCAAGCAACCGUUGUCCGCGCACAGGGUGAGGCCAGAUCGGCAGAGCUGAUCGGCGAUGCCAUCAAGAAGAGCAGAAGUUAUGUCGAACUCAGACAGAUUGAGAACGCCCGCAAUAUUGCUACGCUUCUGCAAGAGGCGGGUGGCAAGAACAAGCUGUAUCUUGAUGCGCAGGGUCUUGGGCUCAACGUCGGUGCUGGCGAGUUCGAGGGUUCAUCAAAGAAGUAA